GCUCUCUCUCUUCAGUCAGUCUCUCUUUUGUCUUCUCUCUCUCGUCCCCAUACAGUCCUCCCAUUUCUUUCACUCUCACCCUCUCUGCAACCUUCUUCUCUCUCUCUCGCAUUUUCUCUCUCUAAACGGCGGACUUUGCUUCCUGCUUCGCUCACAGUCAUUGCGGCUCGCGGAGUUUGCCCUAGACCGCAAUCGCAGCUCAGAUCUAACUCCUCGCGUUUCGGUUUAGUGUUGCAGAAUUCGCGUCUGUGAAGCUAUGUGCUGGUAGGAUAAUGGCUAGCUCGGACCCUAGUAAGAAGACCCGACCCGGCCCAUGGCCGCCCGCACCGGCAGCUCCCGCAAUGCCGCCGACUACCUGGGCCAAGCGGACUGGAUUUCGCCCCAAGUUCUCGGGAGAGACCAAUGCCAGUAACUCCGGCCAAAUUGCGCCCCGGCCGCAAGAUCAGCCCCAGGCUCAACCCCCCGCGCGGACCAGGGGGGUGGAUUCUAGUCUGGAUCUCGAAGCGGGGAGGGCUAGGCCGGAGAAAGCUAACGGGGAGCAGGCGAAUGGGAAGCCGCAGCAGCCGGAGAAGGAUCAUCCGGUGAGGAAGCGGAGGGAUUCUGACGGCGGCGGCGCGCCGAAGAGUACCGUAGCUAAUGGACAGGCGGUGACUGCCACUGAGCCAGCAACGACGGCUGCUGGUGGGCAGCAGCCGAGUCGAAGAGCAUUGAGGAAUGAGGAAGUGGUAGACAUGUUGCCACAGUCUAUUGAUGAUGAUAGCUUCGCGAGGCAUUCACAUAUGAAGUACGAGCUUAGAGAUGUACCUGGUCUUGUUCCUAUUGGUUUCUAUGGCUUACAACAUUAUCUUUCAAUAUUGGGUUCGUUGGUACUAAUUCCACUUGUGAUUGUUCCGGCAAUGGGUGGCACCUAUGAGGAUACAUCAAAUGUUGUCUCCACUGUGCUUUUUGUGUCAGGAGUGUCUACACUUUUGCACACAUUUUUCGGCUCAAGGUUGCCGCUAAUACAGGGUCCUUCAUUUGUUUAUCUUGCUCCAGCACUUGCAAUAAUCAACUCCCCAGAGUUCUUAAGAUUGAAUGGAAAUAAUUUCAAGCAUAUUAUGAAGGAGUUACAGGGAGCCAUAAUAAUUGCUUCAGCUUUUCAAGCAAUACUUGGAUACAGUGGGCUUAUGAUGAUAUUUUUGAAGUAA